AUGUCGCGCGGCCUCGCUGCUGACCCCUGGCGCUGCAAGGAGUGCGUCACGAGGGACGGCACGCCGUGGAUCAACCGUGGCGACCUCAAGCAGUGCUCCAAAUGCAACCUACAUAAAGGAGUCUGCUACGGUGGUCCCAGAACGCCCAAAGGGAGCUCUGCGACCAUGUCCACGGGCUCACCUAAGGCAUCUAAGGAUAAGUCCGACACCGCCUCCAUGGCUAAGCAGCUUGCCAACAUCCAGGCAAUGGUCAAGAAGCUCACGAAGCAGGUCAAGCGUGACCGCAUCACGAAGAAGAUCAAUGCGCUCCUGAAGGUCUAUGAUGGAUCCUCCGUGGCCUCUGACCUGGUGCAGGUCAAGUCCCUCGCCGAAGAGAAGGAGCGCUUGGGCAAGGAACUCGACGCCGAGCGCCCCCUGGAGGAUCACGUCACCUCCCUCACCACGAGGCCGUGGAACUCCCGUGCCAAGGCCAAGCGCCUUCGCGAGGAGCACGCUCAGAAGCAGCUGGUCAUCGACGAGCUGGUUGCCAAGCAGACGGUGCUCCAGUACUCCCUGGCCGAGGCAGAGGCCGAAGUCGCGCGGCUGGAGGUUGAGGUCCAGCGCUUGGGCGCCGACCGAGCCCCUCCGCCCACAGCUGGCAAGCCCACGCUCCAUGAGCUGCUGCCGAAGUUCACUGUCGACGUCCAGAGGCUCGGCGAGUUGGCCGUGGAGCUUGCCUUGGACCCAAGCCUUCAAACGGAGCUGGACACGGCGGCCAAAGUCUUCGGGAGGCUCCAUGAGCUUCCUCAGGCGAAGCCGCCGCCGGCACAGGUCCCCGCUGUUGCCCCUGCUCCCGCGACCCCUGCUGGAGAAGAACGAGGUGGAGUUGCUCCCACCGCCGUUCUCCCCGCGGGCCAGGUGCAGGUCCUCGCUGAGGAAGCCGCCGGGAACGAAAUGGAUAUCGACAUCGACCUCAUGGAGUCCGCCGAGCUGUGGGAGGCGUCGGAGGCGGCACGAGUCACGCAGCCUGACGAAGCCACCAGCGCGGACAUGCGGGCGCACAAGCGUGUCCUCGACUCCUUCACGCAUGCGGCCACGGCGCACAAGAAGAAGAAAAAGGCUCGAUCCGCCCCUAUCUGA